GUUCUAUAAAUAGUUUAUUGGUAGUUAAUCAUUAGCUAUUUAUUCUAUGACGACCUGUUCCUGUUUACACUGCACACAUUAAUAUAAAGGAUAACGUAAAGGGACUUGACGACGUGGUGAUUAAACAGUAACUAAAAUGUUAAGCACACAAAAAGAACGGGAAAACUUUUACAGAAUCUCAACAAUAAUUGUUGAUCAUGGAAAAUAUUCAUUGACUUUGUUACUGGAUAAUGAACUAAGCUCUAACAAACAAACUCUGGAGGAUUUUAUUAACUUAAACCAGCAUGGAAUAUACCAUUUAUGUUUUAACAAAUAUACAUGUUGCCAAUGUAAACAUGGAAAAUUACCGCUUACAACUCCCGCGAGUAGAGUUUUGCAUCCGGAUCAAUUAGAUAUACUGCUAGACUAAAAAGGAAAAACACUGUCCUGUCAUAAUAUAAAAAGCGCGGCACAAUUCUGUUGUUGUCCAGCAAAUGCCACUCUUACAACAAAGUAUCUAGAUUUAACACUUCUUCGUUGUCUGCUGAUUAAUUUUGCCUCGAUCUGUCAUCCGAAUAACAACAUUCGACUUGCAGUUAAUGACCUCAUUGGAUAUCGAAAUAAACUGUAUGGACAUGCACAAGAAGCCAGAUGUUCAAUUACUGAUUAUUCACUAUAUAAAAAUCAAAUUGAAGCAGCUAUUCUUACAAUUGCAAAAUCGUGCAAUAAAGAAAAUGAAAUGAAACAGAAACUCAAAGAUGCUGACGUACGACCAUUGGAUGAAACAAUAUGUCAACAAUAUCAAAAUUGUUUGUUAUUUGAUAUUCAGCGGAACGAAGACAUCAAAACGGAAAUAAAGAGUUUACGAGAGCAAUCUAAACAAAACGAUGAUCAAAUUGUUCAGUGCAUCUUGGAAACAGACAAUAAAAUAACCACCAAUAUUUCGUCUCACAAUAAAACAAUUGCAGACCAAAUCGAAGGAUUGCAGUUAAAUUUUGCUAAAAGAUAUGAUAUUUUAUACGAACGAAUACAAAGUAUGGAGGUUACGAUAAAUGAUGAGGGUAACAAACACACAAAAGACAUUAUAAAGACGAUAGAAACAGAGAAAGAUAAUCUACAGGUGAAGCAUGAGGAACUCAUCGGACUUAUACAUAAAACAGAACAGAGUAUUCAAACAAAAACAGAAGAACAAACAAAAAAUGUUCUGACACAAGUAGAAGAAGCAAGACAAGAUAUAGAUGAUAAAAUUCUCAAUCUGGGUGAUGAUAUUAAAGAAUCGAUAACCUUUGAGGCGGGAAAGUUGGGAAAAUUAGAUGUAAGAAAACAGAAUCUUAUAGAUCACAGCAAUGCGAUUAUCCAGUGUCAUCUGGAAGAUGAAACAUUUGUUAAAACAGCUGCACUUGAGAAGGGGAGCACUAUAUUGAAAGAUCAAAACCUCUUAAUUCUCGUAGCGAAAGGAGGAUCUGGCAAGACACAAAUAGCUCGUAAUUUAGCAUCCAUUUACCGAGAUGAAGGAUACAUUCCGCUUUUCUUCUCGGACAAAGAUGUUAUCAAGUACAGAGAUUUAAUAUCUCUAGCCGAAAAACAAGUUGUCAUUGUUGAAGAUCUUUUUGGCAGAACAAACGUUGACUUUUACGAGGAUUACCACAGAAAUAUACUUGAUAUUUUGUCAAAUUGUUUAAAGAAGUCUUCGCAUUUGAAAAUGAUAUUUACAAUCAGAAAUGACCCGAAAUGCGAGGAAAACAUCUUGGCAAAGCACGACAUAUUUCAUAAAAAGUAUAUUCUCAAUUUGGAUUAUGAUUCAAGACUUUCAGAUAAAGAACGUAUUCUCAUUCUUUUGAGUCAUAUGCAAUAUAAUUCAAUAAUUCCAUGCAAAAGCCCAGUAAAGACAGAUAUAUGGUUUGACUACAAUCCCAUACCAUGCUGUUCGUCUGAAUGUACUGCUGAUGUUCUAAAGUUAUCAAACGAUAACACUCAAAUAUGUACCGACAUAUUUUAUGCAUGCUGUAUGUGUGACACAUUUCUUGGAUUUCCGGAAACUUGUCGUAUGUUUUGCAGCGAUAGAUCACUGACAUUUCUUGGUGUUGCAUAUUUCCGUAACACGAAUAAAUCCUUAGUUGAUAAGAUAAACUGUCUGUUCUUAAAAAGCUUCGAUAAAUUAUCAUGUCGAUAUCAGUACUGUGUAUUGGUUUAUACUGCUUUAAAAUGUAAUUUCUUCGAUAACAAUAUUUUAGGAAGCCAUAUAGAAAAAGAUGAAUUGUUCAAGAAGAUAUUUUCAAUAUUUGAUGACAAGGAAACAAAGAUAAGAAAAACAUUAGUCCAACAAGCUAUACGUAAACUUGAAGGUGGAUAUCUUAUCAAAAGCUCACAGUUUAGUGAGUUUCAUCUGGAUUGUACAUUUCUUCCACGUGGAAAUGCCUACAUGAUAAAACAUCAGGCCGUUUGUGAUGCUGUUCUUGUUUCAUUUGGUAACGAACGUCCCGACAUAUUACUCGAUAUGGACAUAUGCGAUCUUGGAUUCCUUUUAAAUUAUGUCAGACCAAGCAUCAAACCACCUGAUGCUAAUUCUUCCGUCAUCCAUGUUAAUCCUAAGCUAGUCCUUGAUAAGCUAUUUCAUUUUCUGGAGAUGGAUAUUUCUUUUCACUCCUUGAAAUUAGAAAAAAUAAUAAGUAUAUCCCAUCCAUGGCGUCCUAUGCCAAUUGAUGGUGAAGAUGAUGAAGACGAUAAUCAAGAACAAAGAAAGUUUGAUGAACGCGAUCUAUUUGAAAAUACUAAUGACGCCAAUAGAUCACACGAUGAACAGACAGAAGAAAUUGGCAGUGAUAAAAGUACCGAUGAUGUAAAUGUCUUACAAGAUUUACAGACAGAAGAUCUUGGUGGCGAUACGGAUGAUAUCAAUACCUCACUCAAUCUUCAGACAGAAGAUGCUGGCAGCGAUGAAGGUGACUCAGAUGACGAAUAUGACGAAUAUGAAGAUCAACAGUUUAGUGAAAAUGUAGGUCGAUUUUUACGUGGCUAUUCAGAACAGAUAGGGGAAUACAUUCGAAAAUGCAUUAUUGAAAAGAGAUAUUAUUCAUUUGUCAAAACUUUUCUCGGAAGACUUUCAAAAGUGUCACCACUACCACUAGAUCAAAUUACGAAUUUUCUUAAUGGACUAACUAGAAGGGGCACCUGUCUGAUGAACUUAGCUAUCAAUUCUGACAUCAUCCGUGAUUUUGCUUUGAAUUAUGCUGACAUAAGUGUCCUUUGUCUACUUUUUAGACCAGAGAGUUCGAAUAUAAAACAUUGCAAGUUUUAUAAGUUAGACGAUAAAUCACUCCAAGACAAACUAUGUGCGAUCAUCGACGGAAAUAAGAAAUAUAAAAUUAUUACAGAAAUUGGCAAAUUUUUAUACAGAAUAAGAGUUCAAGAAGAAAAUUAUGAAUUUGUCAAUAGAUUUUUGAACAAAAUUCUAGAUGAAUAUCAGAAUCGAGAUAAUCUGUAUAAAAUUCGUUACAUCAUCGACGGUAUGUCCAGCAAAGGCAAACAAACGGAUGUUGUUUCUUAUUUUAAAGAAUUCAUGCAAAAAUAUCUAUUAGCCUACGGAAGUAUUAAAACUAUCAUUGGCCUUUGGGAAGUACUAAACACUGAAACAUUCAAAAGCAGUCAGCCACUAAGUAAUCCACCUUUGAUGGUUGUUCUGGAAGAUAAGUUCAAAAGUCACAUGCUGUUCAGCACAGAUAUAGAACAUGGAGUAGAUUAUAAAAUACAGACACAGGAGUAUGGUGCUUGCGUUUUCAAUCUCGGUUUGAAAAUUCAAGAAAACAAAUGUAUUGAAGAUCUGAUAUACAAACUUGAUGAAAUGUACAACAUCUAUAUUCAUGGUCCAUAUUUAUUGAAUUCUCCUAACAAUGUUCACUUCUUAUCUUAUUUCUAUAAAGGAUUCACAAACUUUAAAAUGCGAAAAGAUGAGGCAUUAAAACUGUUUCCUUUGGGAAUGGAAAAAAUGAGUAGUCAUAUCAACCGGUAUAAGGCAUUUUUAAAAACAGUAAGAGAAGCAAAACUUCAUCAGUUGGACGGAGACGAUUGUUGUGUAGAGUUUUUCAAUGUAUUAAGGAACAUUAACAUCCUCGAUCCAAACAUUGACCAUUUUAAUGCAUAUAUGUUUCUUUAAAUGAUGGGCUAUUUUGAAAUCGUCUAUUCAAGCUUUAUUUCAUUAUAUAGCUAUUGCCUAAUUCUUCUAAUCAAUGUCACGUACGUACGCACGCAUGCGCACAUGCCAAAUUGUAUACAUCACUUGCUGCUUCAAUGUUUUUCAUCAAAUUACAUUGGAAUUUUAUAACAAUAUUAAAAUGUUCAAUAUUUUACACAUAACCAAACUUUUCUUUCUUGUUAAGCAUAAAUGAUGAACACAGAUGCCAAAAUUUCUUUGUUUUGUUUAAUCCAUGGUAUAUAAAGGCAACAGUAGUUUAUCGAUGUUCAAAUAUCGUAAAUCGAUUGAGAGAAAACAAAUCCGUAUACAAACCAAAACCGCGGCAAACACAUCAAUUGUAAGAGAAAAACAAAGAAACAACAGGAACACCAGAGUGCAACAUAAACAAACGCCAACAUACAUGGAAACGAACAAUUUGAUAACAACUGCAAUCUUCCUGACUUAGCACAGGAUAUUCGAAGAAUAAAUGGUGAGUUGAAUCUGGUUUAAUGGCGUGCCAAACCUUCCACUUUAUGGCAAUGUUAAAAAAUAUCGCUAAAACACUACGUGACAGAAAUACAGCACAAACACACGUAAGAUCAUUCAUAACAGAAAAAGGCACACAGAAAUAAUAUAAUAGUCCACACAACAUGCAAACCGUAGAACAACAAUGAACAUAUUCCAUCAACGACAAAAACCACAGGGUCUCAAGAAACAGUGACGCGCUUACGUAACUAACAUGCAAUCUCGAAUCUCGAGUCUAAUGUAGAGGAAACGCACGCCUGGCGAAUCAAACUAUACGUCGUCACUGUUGGUGUUCAUGAGAUUCCCUCAGUUGUUUGUUUGGUCUUUAUUUUUAUUUGUUGAUUUGAUUAUAUAGGUAAAGUGUAGUGCCUCGAAUCUCAUUACAAAAUACAAAAAGGCUAAAUAUUAUCAAAAUUCUGAACUUUUGAUCGACCACUUAUCUAUUGAUUGUUAGUUUACACAUGCAGCUUUCAUAUGUGUAUCCUCUCUUUAUCCCUCUAGUCGACUUGUGUCUGUACCCAUAUGCAGAAAUUUAUUCUGAAUUGGAGACACGAAUGGAAAACAACUUUAAUUUGUUUUUCCUUUCUUCAAUUGUAUUAGGUUGUCUUAUAAAUCAAUAAUCUAUUGAGCAAAUUCUUAUUACACUCUAUAUAUCAAUAUGAAUUAAUUUAAUACCAAUUUUACUGCAUCAAUCAACAUUAUGACAGUUAAAGUAUCUUCAGUGACGCUGCUUUAAAUAUAUUUGUAAAUGAAAUAUUAAAAUUGAACGUGAAAGUCCAAACAGCUGAUAAAGAAAAUUAUUACAUUGGUUACAAUGAAUUACAUUGAUUUCCCAAUGAAAUAAAAACCUAUAAUUUCACAUGUAAAAUAAACGUGGUUAUAUCACUCCUCUAACGUCAUACAACAAUAGGCGUUGUCAAGACGUCGAUAACGUCGGAUCAAAACAAAUUGUGAAUGCGCAGAAAAAAUAUAGUUCCUUACAUUUUAUUCUUUUAAUUUCAUAAAAAAGCCAUUUGCCAAUUUGAUAAAAAGAAUAACUAAUCAAAGAAUUAAAAUAUCGAAAAAUAUUCAGCUCGUGACCGAACAACACUGAUAAUUAACUCAUGCGAAACGCGCAUUCGUGAAUUAAUGUGUCGUUCGGUCACUCGUAGGAUACUUUUCUCUAUUUGAAUUCUUCGAUGAGUUAUUCUAUAUUUAUCAAAAAUACAGAGCUUAUAAUUUGCACGACAGAUGCGCGUUUUUUCUACAUAGAAUUAAAUUUAUAGAAACUUAAUAUAUCAAUGAUAUUAAAUUAUUAAAUUA